UUUUCUUAAUGGCCGACGGUAAUCAAAUAGGGAAACAGGCACCAGUCGACUCUCUCAUGCACGAACAAGCCGCAACAGCUUCACGAACACGAGUUAUGGCGGCGGUUUCAUAAUUUAACCGCUCAAGCUAUGAGAAGGUUUCAUAAUGUUGACGGGAAACAGGCUGCCCGUAGACCAUUUGGCUCUGGUACUGCAAAGAUGCAUAAAAGCCAAGACCUUGCCGCCGGGGAAGCAGCUUCACGCUUUCUUAUUGACCACCGGGACCGACUUGAAUCGCAUGUCUCUGGGUGCAAAGCUCGUGGGGCUGUACGCGAGCUGCGGGAACCUGAGCUCUGCGCGGAAGGUGUUCGAUGAAAUUCCGAAGCCAAAUGUUUUCGCGCUGAACUGGAUGGUACUUGCUUCUGCGUUCGAUGGCAAUUAUGCGGAUGCAAUCAAGUACUUUUCCAUGAUGCAGAAGCAGAGAGCUUGGAAUAAAUUCUCAUUCCUGGCAGUGCUCAAGGCGUGUACCGGGUUAAUGGAUUUGAACAAGGGGAAAGAAGUUCAUGGCAUGGUGUAUAGACUCUUCUUGGGGGAUGAUUUGUCUGUGGCCAAUGCAUUAAUUGAUAUGUACUGCAAGUGCGGAGGACUGCAGUAUGCGCAAAGAGUGUUCUGUAACAUGCCUGUUAGAGAUGUUGUCUCGUGGACUUCAAUGAUCUGUGGAUACUGCAAUGAGGGUAAGGUUGAGGAGGGGCUCGUACUGUUUGAGAAGAUGAAGUUGGAAGGUCUAGAACCGAAUGAGUUCACUUGGAAUGCGAUGAUUGUGGGUCAAGCGCGGAUUGGAGACAGAGAUGGAGUGAUCUCGAUGUUUACAAGGAUGAAGAAUGAAGGGCUGCUUCCUGAUUUGGUCACUUGGAAUGCUCUGAUUUCUGGGUUUGUCGAGAGCCACCACCCUGAAGAAGCUUUGCGGUUGUUUGGGGCCAUGUUGGCAUCAGGAGUCAAGCCCGAUCAUGUCACUGUCACGGGGCUGCUUCCUGCCUGUGGAUUGACCGGUACGCUACAGAGAGGGAGAGAAAUUCAUGGUUUGAUAUACAGGAUAGGACUUGAUAGGAACGUAUAUGUUGCUAGCGCUCUAAUUGACAUGUAUUCAAAAUGUGGGAACGUGAAGGAUUCAUCAAAUGUGUUUGGCUUCGGGUCCCAGAUAAAGAAUAUUGCUAGCUGGAAUGCUAUGAUUGGAUGUUACGGGAAGCACGGGAUGGUUAACGAAUCGUUACGGCUUUUUGAGAUGAUGAAGGAAGAAGGGCUGCAACCCAAUGAAGUCACCUUUGUCUCUGUUCUCUCUGCAUGUAGUCACGGAGGUUUAGUGGAGAAGGGUUUGCAGAUCUUCCAGUCCAUGGAACAGAAGCACAGUUACAUUAAGCUCCAGAGAGAACAUUAUGCCUGUAUAGUUGAUCUUCUAUGCCGUUCUGGGAGGAUGAUUGAGGCUUACAAGAUGGUGAGGAAGAUGUCAGUUGAUGUUACCCAGUCAAUACUUGGGGCUUUCUUCAAUGGGUGCAUCAUUCACGGGAGAAAAGAUUUGGCCAAAUCAAUGACCAAGGAUCUUAAGAAGCUACAAAUGAACAACCCCGGUGAUUUUGUUACGCUGUCUAACAUUUAUGCUGCAGGUGAAGAGUGGGAAGGGGUUGAGAAUGUUAGGAAGUUGAUGAGGGUGAAACAGAUAAGGAAGGUGCCCGCGUACAGUUGGGUCGAGGAGAGAGAUGGGUCAUGAAAAUCCGGAAAAGCCUGAUUAAGAGAGCGAAAGCUGAUGUUUUGUUGAACAAUGCUAUUAGGAGGGGUAUUCCUAUGACAUUAUAAAAGGAGAGGGAACAAGAAUUGCAUUAUUACAUUUGGUCGGAGAAGAGGAUGGGGUGGGACGAGCAACUGCUUGAUUUGACUGAUCGAUAUGAGUGGCCAGUGACGGAAUUCAUUGGAGCAGGAAAACUAGAACAGGGUCCAUCGAGUGGCAAAGUGAACGGGCAUAUGUUCUGCUUAAUUUGAAACAUUUUCUCCACGAUUCUACUGGACAUGAUUUCUUGUGAAGUCUACGAUAUUUCCAUACCAUUUCAAUGUGCAAAUGACUCCAUGAUCCCCGAGACGAGAACUAGAAUCGAUCCUAAAUACCAAAUUCUACACCAUUCGCUUUGCCUGAGCCGUUUGCUGCUCCCAACUCUUCUCUCCUGGGUUUGUUAGCUGUGAUUGAUAUCAUCGGAGCCCGAGUUCUUUCCAAGUCCUCCAACACUGCGGGCUAAACCAAAGCAGUUUUGCGGAGGGUUUCGUGUUUAGUUGAGCCUCCGCUCCACACUAAGGGCUUGUUAGAUGACAGUCGAUAUGGUUAGUUUGUUUUUUUUAUGAAUUAACAUGCUUUGGCGAAGAUUUUGUAUGCUUUCUGUUUGGAAGGGGGAUUGCUUGCAGGAUCA